GUAUGUAUGCAAAAAUGUUCAGUGGCCUAGAUGUACGUUUUCUCUUAACAUCAUUUGCCUCAUAUGUCUUUCAGGUAGGAAAUGGAGGGGCACAUCAAUGCCUUGGCUAUGAUGUGUAGGAUCUGCAGCCAGAUCAUCACCUCAUCCAAAAACAAGUCAAGCUCGGCAAAGUACAAGACACAGCUCCUUGCUGUGUACAACCUCAAUUUAGAUGAGGAGCAGGGCGGCAUCCAUCCACCAUCUGUGUGCAACAAAUGCAGGCAACAGGUGCAACGUGCACAUAGUUCAAUGGAGCAAGGCAAGCAGUAUCAGGGCAAACUUCCGCAGAUCCAGAAUUUCUCUGCUCAUGAUGCUGCUUGCUGGGUGUGCAGUGCUUGUACUGCUCAUGUGGCACAACUCCGCCCUCAGUUCGCAGCACACCAGUCCUCAUCUAGCGACCAACCAGACCAACCAGAAUCCCAACCGUCAACCAGCGCACAAGACCCAGCAUCUUCUCAGCCAAGCCUGUCAACUGCCACUAGGACCCUUUUUGGGGAUACAGCUCCGGACCCCGGCAUGGCAUCACACGGAAAGAAACGUGUAUGGAAUGUCAAGGCCAGCUUGAAUCAUGUCAGGCGGGAUUAUGCCCAUAAGCGGACCAAAGAGGCAUCUGUCUUCAUCAGCGACUUUUGCGAGAGGCAGAAAGAGGACAAGCUUGACCUCCUCUACUUCUUGCUUUGCGACAAUCCAAACGAAUGUGGUGACUCCAGGUAUAAAGAGGUUUUGGCAUCCUGGAGCAAGGAAAGCGUGUAGCUCACGGCUGAAGAUUGCCUUGCCAUGAGAGUCACAACAAAGACAUCAAAAACACAUUAUGAGGCUCAAUAUAGAAAGUUCAAGGCGAAGGGCACCAACAUUCUCAAGCCACCACACAUUCUCACCGAGUUGCAAAAGGAUUUUAUGCCCGGUAGUGUAAGGUUUCGGCUGGAGGGAGGCACAGACAUCAUUCAUCACACCCCAGUCAAGGCAGGACAGUCCCAUGUAAAAUAUGGGGAGCUGUCCUUCGAGCUCCAGGAUGUGAAUAGAGAGGACCACCCAGGAUUGGAGACCCCCUUCCCCAACAUGAAAGGCGUGGCUUGGCCUAAUGCACACGCUCUUGCCAAGACCCUGGAAGAGUUGGAUGCAGAGAUCGUCAUGGGCUUGCAGAAGGCGGGACUUGAUCCUGAUGACGAUCUCUGCAUUCUUACUACUAUCAAAGAUGGCGCCGACGGGAUGGGGGACAUCUCCGUGACCAAAGCUGCGAGGGAUCGUCUCUUGCCAGACAAGGCCUUCCGGGCAGCUUUUGCAGUAAUAAAGUGCGAGGUAAACAGGGACGGGGAGAAGGUGACAGUGUACGAGCCAGAUGCUCCAGACUCCACUUUUAUAACACGGCCAUUGAUUGAGGCUAUAGGGGACGAGAACAAUAGAGCGUCGGCCACUGUCCUCCUUGACGGCAUGGAACAUGACCGACAGGUGCUACGAGGGAAGGAGAUGUCUAUAAAUGUAGGUCCUGUGUGGAGACGGCAUAAAUUGAAAUUCUUCAAUUCCAUGAUUGAUGAAAAACUAGACCGAGCUAAUGGGGGUCUCCAGGGCAGUGGUUCACGCUUUGUGUGCACUCUGUGCCAUGCAACAAAGGAAUCUGCAAAAACUGAUUUGGGCACCUUCACUUCAGCGUAUCUCGAUCAUAUGAGGAAACAACCUCGACUGCAAAGUAUAUCCAAGUAAACCCGGACAAUCU